UCUGCCAUUUCGUCACUACCUGCACACCAGCGGCACUACGCCAGUACAUCGCGACCGUACACCAUCGGUCAUGGCUUCCACUUGCACGCAGACACUCUUUGGCUUCGAUUGCGGUUUAGACUGGCGCCCGACUACGUUCGUCAAGGCCAUUCCUUCGACCAGAGUGUGCAAUGCCUGCGGUCUUGUGCCAGCAAAAGCGGUCACGUUGCCCUGCCGCCACCUGCUCUGCUUGAGUUGCUACUGUCGCAACGGAAUCAAGCGUAAUUGCUGUCCUUUAGACGGAGCAGUCUUCCAGCAGGAAGACGUGGCGAUCUCCGUCUACAGGAAAGACAGUGUUCUCAGUCGUACUGUUCGCUGCUGGAACGCGCAACAUGGUUGUGACGCCGAAGACCUCGCUCCUUCCAUGAUGAAGCACUUCGCCACCGACUGCCGAUUCCACGUCGUCAGGUGUUCCAGAUGCUACGACAAAUUUCUACAUACGGACCUCGCCGACCACCUGCAGUCAUGUCGAGCAUCGUCUUCUAGUCCAGGACAACCGUCCGGAGACAACCUUGUCAACGCAUUUCUGGAGGUAAAGGACGCGCUGAGGAAAAUAUCUGAAGAGAACGCCUCGAUGAAAGCGCGGCUCGAAUCUAUCGAAGAGCUGCUCUCUUCAGAUAGGGGCGUUUCCGUCCAAUUCGGGCAGCCUAUUCUAAAUACAAGGAUUGCAACACACGAACAACGCCUCAGUAGUGUCCAAGGCAGCUACAGCAAGGCCAAAUCCAAGACUGUUGCUAACGUCAUGGCAGGCACCGCGCAAACCACCGGUGCGACGCUCUUAGUUGAGAAGGAUGCCACACGACAUGAAGGCCCUACAGAAGCCGAUGUUCAGCCAAUAUCAACGGCUGCUAAGAACUUCAUGGCUGCGAGCGAACGCAAGGUAUUCGAGUUCUCCGAGCUAUCCAACCGCUUCAUGGACAGCCUGAAAAACGAAUUCAUGAAGGCGUUAAUCGAAGAGCGAAACAAAGCACCUGGAAAGGCCAAAAAUGACUCCAGACAGGGAAGUGUUCUAUCAGAAGUGAGCUUAAAGAUAGGUUCACUUGAGUCAGAUAUGGCCUUUAAGAAAACGAUGUCUGGAAAGGACUUCUCGAAAGCUCUCAAAUUGCUCGGCGUCGCGUGUCUCGGAGUCACUAACGACGCGUUCAACGUUUCGGCGCCGCUCGAGUGGACGGUCGAUGACUGGGCAUGUCGCGAAGAAUCCAGCGGCGAGUGUGGCUCGCUCACUUGUGUCAGCCCGUGUGCUUAUUUUUACGGAUACCUCAUUGGCUUUCGGCUGACCAUUCACGAACACAGUGGCGAGCUUACGCUGACUCCGUGCGCGCUCGGAGGCAUAUACGACGACUUCUUAACCUGGCCUCCAAGCUUAGUUCCCAUGGUGCGGUUCGUCCACCCUACUGACUUCGGCAGUGACAUAAUAGUAGGUGGGGGCGACAGCUGGAAGAACGGCGCAACCAAGACGACUUAUCAUUUUCGUGAAGUGCUUUUCGAAGGGCCGAUCCUCAACAUUAGCCUCCGAGAGUUGAAGGAAAGCAACCUUAUCCGAAACGACCAACUACGCUUGCAGUUCGAAUUAUAUCGUCCGAACACUGAUCAUGACCGUAGUUAAGACCGCUGUUCCCCCCCUCCACACCUGCCCUUUCUCCUAUGUUCCUAUUUGUAAUGCCAGAAUAUUUUUUUUUCAUUUUUUUGGCUGACUCUC